UGUUGUUCUGCAUGGCGGUGAUUCUCAGACUUUGUGUCCUCAGAAGAGUUAAUGCUGCAACCUUCACCUGCUCAGUGAAGAGGUUGUUUGCAGCUGAUCAUCCUUCAGCCGUGAGAGGAAGAGCACCAGGCUACAGACACCGACGUUUCUCUGCUUUACACUCAGUCGCUGGGUCCAUGAUGAGUAAAAAGCUGCUGGUAGACGUGGACUGCGGUGUGGACGAUGCUCAGGCUAUCAUGUUGGCGCUGGCCGCCCCCAACGUGGAGCUGCUGGGCGUCACCUGUGUGCACGGAAACACCACGGUGGACAACGUGUGUAAGAACGCUCUGCGUGUUCUGCAAGCCUGUAAUAGACUAGAGAUCCCAGUGUUUAAAGGUGCUGCUAAGCCGAUUCUGGGGAACACCAUUGAUGCGGGACACUUCCAUGGACAGGACGGGCUCGGAGACGCUCCUGACCCCAACCCCCCCGGUCUGGAUCUGGUUCAGACGGAGGGCGCCGUGUCAGCGAUGAUCAGGAUCGUCAAUGAAAACCCAGGAGAGGUGUCUCUGGUUGCCACGGCGCCGCUCACCAACCUGGCUCUGGCUGUGAGGUUGGAUCCGUCUCUACCGAGUAAACUGAGAGGGCUCUACAUCAUGGGAGGAAACACUGAAUCUCGAGGAAACAUCACGGUUUGUGGAGAGUUUAAUUUUGUUGCUGAUCCCGAAGCUGCUUACAUCGUACUCAACGAGUUCCAGUGUCCCACUUACUUGGCCUGCUGGGAGUUUACCUGCUACAGCAAACUGUCCUGGGAGUUUUGCGACGCCUGGUUGGCACAGGACACCGACAAAGCUCGCUUCAUGGCGCGGAUCUUCCGCUACAGCAUCGAGAUGUCGAAAAGCGAGAGAUUCGAGAAAGAGUUUGUCGCCGGCACAGGGUUCGUCUCCUGCGACUCCUACGCGAUGGCGGCUGCUGUAGACGAUUCCUUCAUCACAGAGAGCGACCGCCAUGCAGUUAGCGUGGAGCUGACGGGCACUUACACCCGAGGCAUGAUGGUGGUUGAUACCUUGGGCCUCCUGAAGUCGACGAACAAGGCUUUCAUUAUUAAGAAGGUGGAUAUGAAGAAGUUCGAGAAGAUGAUGAUGGCUGCUUUAAAGUGACGACUCACCAUGUCUCUUCUGUAGUCCAUGUUAUAAACCAGCAGCUAUUUUUAUCUUUAUUAAUGAAAAGAACAAAGUAGAAUAUUUAACUUACUGUAUAUUAUAACCUUGCACUGCUUAAAACUGUGAAGACUCAUUUGCUAAUUCAACUGUAUGAUGACACCAUGAUUAACAGGUUCUUAAUACACAGGAAAUUGUAUAAUUCAUUCUGGACUUUUUAUAUAAUGACAUUAAACAUUGUGAAAAGACA